AUGCGGGCUGGCCGGAACGCAGGGCCGCCGGGGCCCCUGGUGGUCGCCGUCGUGCUGCUGCUGAGCGGCGUGGCACGGACGCGCGGCUCCGAGGACAUCGUGGUGGGCUGCGGGGGCUUCGUCAAGUCGGACGUGGAGAUCAACUACUCGCUCAUCGAGAUCAAGUUAUACACCAAGCACGGGACUUUGAAAUACCAGACUGACUGUGCCCCGAACAACGGCUACUUUAUGAUCCCCUUGUACGAUAAGGGAGAGUUCAUCCUGAAGAUUGAGCCUCCCCCAGGCUGGAGCUUUGAGCCGACGAGCGUGGAACUCUACGUGGAUGGUGUUAGUGACAUCUGCACAAAGGGAGGGGACAUUAACUUCGUGUUCACAGGCUUUUCGGUGAAUGGCAAGGUCCUCAGCAAAGGGCAGCCCCUGGGGCCCGCAGGCGUUCAAGUCUCUCUCAGAAACACAGGCACGGAAGGGAAGAUCCAGUCGACAGUGACACAGCCUGGUGGCAAGUUUGCAUUUUUUAAAGUUCUUCCUGGAGAUUAUGAAAUCCUUGCAAGUCAUCCGACCUGGGCGCUGAAAGAGGAUGUGCUUGGCUGCAGCGUCUCGCCUGUGCCUGGCUUCCAGCCCCAAGACGAGAGCCUGGUCUAUCUGUGCUACGUGGUCUCCCAGGAAGAUGGCUCCUUCUCCUUCUAUUCCCUGCCGAGUGGGGACUACACCGUGGUUCCGUUCUAUCGAGGGGAGAGGAUUACCUUUGACGUCGCUCCUUCCAGACUUGACUUCACAGUGGGACAUGACAGCCUGCAAAUUGAGCCCGUGUUCCACGUCAUGGGGUUCUCCGUCACCGGCAGGGUCUUGAACGGCCCAGAGGGAGAAGGCGUGCCAGAGGCCGUGGUCACUCUGAAUAACCAGAUCAGAGUCAGAACGAAAGCGGAUGGCUCCUUCCGCCUAGAGAACAUAACCACGGGGACCUACACCAUCCAUGCUCAGAAGGAGCACCUCUCCUUCGAGACGCUCACCAUCAAGAUCGCCCCCAACACCCCGCAGCUGGCCGACAUCAUUGCAACAGGGUUCAGCGUCUGCGGCCAGAUCUCCAUCAUCCGCUUCCCUGACACGGUCAAGCAGAUGAGCAAAUACAGAGUUGUCCUGUCAUCUCAAGACAAGGACAAGCCUCGGGUCACCGUGGAGACGGAUGCUCACGGAUCAUUUUGUUUUAAAGCAAAACCAGGGUCUUACAACGUCCAGGUGAUUGUUCCUGAGGCCGAGAUGCGAGCGGGGCUGGCCCUGAAGCCCCCGACGUUUCCUGUCACAGUGAUGGACCGGCCCGUGAUGGGCGUGGCCUUUGUGCAGUUUCUGGCGUCUGUGUCUGGGAAAGUCUCCUGUUUGGACACGUGUGGGGAGCUGCUGGUGACCCUGCAGUCUCUGAGCCGCCAGGGCGAGAAGCGGAGCCUCCAGCUCUCCGGCAAGGCCAACUCCAUGACGUUCGUGUUUGACAGCGUGCUCCCCGGGAGAUACAAAACCAGCAUCGUGCACGAGGACUGGUGCUGGAAGAACAAGAGUCUGGAGGUGGAGGUUCUGGAGGCGGACGUGGCGGCGGUGGAGUUCAGACAGACGGGCUACAUGCUGAGAUGCUCCCUCUCGCACGCCAUCACUCUGGAAUUUUAUCAGGAUGGAAAUGGACCUGAGAACGUGGGGAUUUAUAACCUCUCCAAGGGAGUCAACCGCUUCUGCCUGUCCAAGCCUGGCGUGUACAAAGUGACCCCUCGCUCCUGUCACCGGUUUGAACAAGCUUUCUACACCUACGACACGUCUUCACCCAGUAUCUUGACACUGACCGCCAUUCGCCACCACGUCCUUGGAACCAUCACCACUGACAGAAUUAUGGACGUCAGCGUGACCAUCAAGUCUUCCAUCGACAGCGAGCCUGCUCUCGUGCUCGGCCCCCUGAAGUCAGUGCAGGAGCUCCGCAGGGAGCAGCAGCUGGCCGAGAUCGAGGCCCGCAGGCAGGAGAGGGAGAAGAAGGGCCGAGAAGAAGGCGGAGAAGGGAGGGCCAAGCCUCCUGUGCAAGAGAUGGUUGAUGAGCUACAAGGCCCCUUCUCCUACGACUUCUCGUACUGGGCACGGUCUGGAGAGAAAAUCACUGUUACACCUUCGUCUAAAGAGCUUCUCUUUUACCCGCCUUCAAUGGAAGCCGUCGUCAGUGGAGAGAGCUGUCCGGGGAAGCUGAUCGAGAUCCACGGGAAGGCAGGCUUAUUUCUGGAAGGCCAAAUCCACCCUGAGUUGGAAGGAGUCGAGAUCGUCAUUAGUGAGAAGGGGGCAAGCUCACCCCUGAUUACUGUGUAUACCGAUGACAAAGGUGCUUAUGGCGUUGGGCCCCUGCACAGUGACCUGGAGUACACUGUGACCUCGCAGAAGGAGGGCUAUGUUUUGACGGCUGUGGACGGGACCAUAGGUGACUUUAAGGCGUAUGCCUUGGCCGGCAUAAGCUUUGAGAUAAAAGCUGAAGACGACCAGCCCCUGCCCGGGGUCCUCUUGUCCCUCAGUGGCGGUGUGUUUCGUUCCAACCUCCUGACUCAGGACAAUGGCAUUCUGACGUUCUCAAACCUGAGUCCCGGGCAGUAUUACUUCAAACCCAUGAUGAAAGAGUUCCGCUUUGAGCCGUCCUCACAAAUGAUCGAGGUGCAGGAGGGCCAGAACCUGAAGAUCACCAUCACCGGCUACCGGACGGCCUACAGUUGCUAUGGCACCGUUUCUUCUCUGAACGGAGAACCAGAGCAGGGCGUGGCCGUGGAAGCCGUGGGCCAGAGCGACUGCAGUGUUUAUGGAGAAGACACUGUGACCGAUGAAGAGGGGAAGUUCCGACUGCGUGGAUUGCUGCCGGGGUGUGUGUACCACGUUCAGCUCAAGGCAGAAGGCAACGACCACAUUGAACGAGCCCUGCCCCACCACCGGGUCAUCGAGGUCGGGAAUAACGACAUGGAUGACGUAAACAUCAUCGUCUUCCGGCAGAUUAAUCAAUUUGACUUAAGUGGAAAUGUGGUCACUUCCCCCGAGUAUCUUCCGACAUUGUGGGUGAAGCUCUACAAAAACGAGAACCUUGACAACCCGAUCCAGACGGUGUCUCUGGGCCAGUCCCUCUUCUUCCACUUCCCCCCGCUUCUCCGGGACAGCGAGAGCUACGUUGUGCUUCUGGACUCCACGCUCCCCAGGUCCCAGUUUGACUACGUCCUACCCCAAGUCACCUUCUCCGCUGCCGGCUAUCAUAAGCACGUCACCUUGAUUUUCAGCCCCACGAGGAAACUGCCCGAGCAAGACAUCGCCCAAGGGUCGUACAUUGCCCUGCCGCUGACCUUGCUUGUUCUCCUGGCUGGUUACAACCACGAGAAGGUAGGCACUCCGUGGGCUGCGUGGGAUGGUGGGAUGGACCACAGACAGUGGUUCCCCUGGUGA